GAGCCCGCCCGGAUGCGGGCGCAAGAGGCGGCCGCUAGCGUCGCCAAACGCGCAGCCAAUCAUUGGUGGUCCAGCUCUAGAAUAACCAAUUGGUCUUCGGCGAUGAAAGUGCUUCUGGCAUUGCAGGGCGAGGAUGGGCUGGCUUUGGUCGUCAGACUCGCCGCCAGCACCGCAUCCAACUAAGCAUCGUGAAGCUGAAGUGGUGGAAAAGCCACAGGAAACAGCAAAGUUCGGAUUGACAAGCGAGCAACGGAACCGCAUCUUCGGGCAGUUCGCACGACAACAAGAGAGCAGUGGCAGCACGCGCGAUCAGAAGGCUGACGAGGAGCUUGAUGCCUUCUUGAAGUCACUGGAAGCGCCUGGUUUCGCUCCCCCUACGACACAAGAAACAGCAAGGGAUGGCACACCUUUACCGGCGAAACAUGAGCGACUGAUGCCAGAUGGCUCGCUCAACAUCCACCCUAUGGCGCUGUAUCCGGCAACAAUGUCUUGUCGGCAAGCGUUCGAUCAAGCAUUCUAUUGCCAGUCUUUGGGUGGAAAGUUCAACGACCUUUACCGCUUUGGCCAUUUGAAGGAUUGUAGCGAGCAAUGGGGCGCCUUCUGGUUCUGUAUGCGAACAAGAACGCUACCGAGUCAGGACAAGGAGGGCAUGAUUAGAGAGUAUUAUAGGGCUAGGGACGAAAGGCGAAGGAAUGAGAACAAGGGCAAUAGUGAGGAUAUCUGGGAGCUCAGGACUAAGCCUGUAGAAAGGGCGUUCUGGAAAGACCCAGACGCUGAUGAUGAUGGACAUGACGUGCAAGUAAAAGAAUGAGGUUGCAAGUCGAUCUAGCAUAAGCGGACCGUGAUAUGCACUCUGGAAGCAUGCGCUUCGCGCGACACAUGUCACGCUCGAAGAAUGCGCUAACCAGUGAGGCAAUCUUCGGUCGACAGGAAUCAGGCUAUUGCCAUGGAACACAUCCUGCGGUACUGCUCAUUGGCCUAACGUGCUGAAUCCGUUCAUCAAGAGAGCGACCGAAACGGAAUGGAGCCACCGUGAAAGCAAGCGGACUGGUCCCAUAGCGACAUUGCCUGGUCAUGUUCCUGUACAACCGAGAGCAUCUUGAUCAAGUGCACCCUCAUCAAUUGUGAUAUAAAGAUUAUGUACGGACCAAGGAUGGGAUAUGAGGAGGGUGGGACAAUGUAAUGUGAAGAGUGAGAAGUCUCCACUCGUACUGUAUCAUACCUCUGUACACGCCGGUUGGUCGACUGCAGUCUAAUCCAGGCGACUCCUAUUGUCAAUCGACAUGACUAUCUCUUGGCU